AUGCCUUCUAGCUCGUACGUUCCGACUCAGUCCAACAACCAACACGGCAUGACCGUGCAGACGCUCAGCAGGUAUGCGUCGCCGGUCGUCACGACUGUCAACAAAUGCGAGUCGUCUGUUGGCAGUCCGACGACGUCGUCUGUAACUACGGCGAGUCCCGGUGUCGUCGUGGACUGCCAGGAGGGUUCGCCUCGGAGUCGCCGCACCGAAAUCAACGAUGCCGUCUUGGGACUGGUGUGGCGUGACUUGGAGCCGUUCGAGGUGGUGAACAGGCCUGGCUUUCUGCAGCUGAUGAAGGCCGCCGCACCCGACUACGAACCGCCGACCAUGAAGAAGUUGGCGGACGUGCUGCUCCCUAGGCGACUGGGCCAACUGCAAGACUCCCUGUCGCCGUCCAUCUCCAGAGCCGCCGCCGCGGACUUUGUCUCGGCAGUCAUCGGCGUCUGGCUGGGCGAGUCUGACGACGUGUACGCGAGCGUCGACGUGUCGUACGCGACGCGCCACUUCAGGACCGAGGCGAAGAGCGUCGCCUUCCGGAGGGUCGCAGCCCAUCAGGACGCCACCGACGCCAUCCGCGAGGUCUUCGAAUCUGCGCUCCGGCAAUGGAACAUCGAGAAGAAGCGCGUCAUGCGAGUUCUGGUGGACAGUCCAGCCCGUACGUCCAAGACCUUCUCGUUCCCCGGUUGGGCUAGCGACUCGAACCACGGAGGAGGAGGCGGCCAGGGAGGUGCCGCGUCCACGUGGUCGCUGGAGUCCGGAGAGUUCGACCACAGCCACGAAAUACUGGAGCAGCUGGACGCGUCCGAGCCGGACUGGUCCAUAAGCUCCAAUUACCGUCUCCACUGCGCCGUGCGGAGCGCAUUCGACGUGGACCAGGACGUGGUGAGCCUGGUGACCCGGUGCAGCCGCGUCGUAUCCAGCAUGAAGUGCUGCGCCAGGGACGCGGCGACCGUGGCCUGGGGCGACAGGCGUGUCGUUCCCUUCCCGUCCAGCUAUUCGGACGAGUGGACCUCGCAGCUGGACUGCUUGCGCGAGCUGUGCUCGAUGCUGACGCAGCACGCCGACCUGCAGAAGCGCAUUUACGCCUGCAAGGAGGUGGGCCUGACAGCCACCGACGUGGCGCUCCUGCAAGACCUGCUCGAGGUGCUGGCGCCGCUCGAGGAGGCCACCAACGCGCUGCGGCAGCCCCACGAGACGGUGGGCCUGGUUCUGCCCGCGCUGAGAAACCUACAGGUCAGUCUGACGCGGGCGGUGACGAGGGACACCUUCCAACUGAAAACGAUGGCCGAGAACCUGCUGCGCAGCGUGGAGACGCACUUCGCCAACUCGUGGAACGAUCCGAUCCUGCUCGCGGGCGCGCUGCUCGAUCCCCGCUUCAAGACCAGCUGGUGCGACGAUCAGACCGCUUGCAAGAUGAAGGAGGCCAUCGAGAAACAACGCGCGGCCCUCAAUCUCGACCCUUCCUCGGCGCUCGCCGUUCAACGUCGAGACGCCGACGCCGGCAACAAGGGCCAGAAGCUGUUCCGGAACAUCCGGAACCUGGACAGUUCCACGACUCAGCAACCGGGACCCACGACGCCGCUGGGGCAGGAACUGUGCCUGUACCUGUCCGAAGACACGACCGAAGACACCGUGACGCCCCUAGGUUACUGGAGAGCGAAUCAGCCGCGCUUUCCGCUUCUGGCCAGGCUGGCGUUGUCAGUGUUCGCCGUCGGUGGUACGCCUGCAACCGCUGAUGAAGUCGCGUCCGUUACGGCGGCGAUUAAGGCGGCGCGUCGGCAUCGCUUCACCGACGAACAGCUGGAGCAGGUGGUGCUGCUGCGAAGACAUCUGAUGUAGCGCAGCCCUGAUGCGUCGGGGAUUCCUGGCCAAUGAGCCUCGUCGCACAAACGUCCAGGAUACACAAUUUCCUUGCGCACCUCGGACCGACGUCACAGCAGACCUUCACGGCUUACAGCGUGACCAAAGGACAUGGUCGAAUCCGCAAAUUUUUUUAGCUCUGAGGGGGGCUGCUACAACCUCGUUUAUUCGCUCGAAGAGGCCACCCUUACGGAAGCGGGCAGUAUUGAGCAGUUCGGUAACGUCUAGGGUAGUAACCCUUGUCAUGCUGUGAGCCAUCCCGGCCUGACCUUACCGUUGGAUCGCGUGUUUGUGCGACGAAGCAACUUUAGAAAGCUAGAAAUAGCGCGAACAACAGGGAAUAGACCCACUAAGCGGUGUCCUGUUGUACUGUUGUUCGCACUGUUUCUCCUUUUCUAAAGAAAAGUACCAACUGGCCCAAACAAGCACUCUAGAAGCAACCUUACCGACUACGCCCUUGGCUAGAAACUGUUGCCGUGCCCUUGUAAAGACACGGCGCCGGAGACAGUUGACACCUGCCGGCUAUUUGAAGACGAAGACGGGCUUGCCACUUUAGGCCCGACUGACGCUCUCGGUCUCGCUCGUCGGUAACGUGCUGAGCACCGAUGAAGAGGUGACAUCCAUUAUGGUGGCUAAAGAAGCGGUGCGUCAGCAUCGCUUCAUCGAUGAACUACAUAAACAUGUGUUGCCUCUGCGAUGACGCUUGAUGUAGUGUUGACUUCAGGGCCGGCUGGUGGCCGAUGUGAAGCCGUCCAGGACUGUUAACGUUAUUAGCGUCCUGUACACCAGGAAAUCGCGUACUCGAGCUGUGCUAUAAAAGAACCGGACUUACAAAGUCUUACUGUGGGGAAUCUUCGAAUAUCUCUUUAGAGGACCCGACGUGGAAGACAAGUGAAGCCCUUUGGCUGCUGUUGCUUAGGUGGUUUUUCAUGCAGUCUCAAGCGCUUGGCCUGCAAGUAGUGAAUGUGGACCCUUGUAACGCCGCCAGCGUACUGCGCUUCUUCGUAUAAGUUGCCGCACAAGACGUGCGACUGGGCACAAAACUUUGCUGACGUGUAAUAAUUAUUUUAUUCGUUGGCAGUUGCGCCAAGUGGGCUUAUAAAAUAUUUGUCGUGUUUUACGUCGUGCGUAUGUUUUUUCUUCGUAAAUAUAUGAACAUUCGAAAC